AUGGUUUAUUCUCAAGAACUAUUAAGUAUUAUUACAGAAGAAUCAUCAUUGAUUGAAGAAGAUGACUAUGUGUAUUUCCAUAUAACUACCGAGGAUUACGCGAUGAGCCGAGGACACAAAGCCCCUAAAUUGAUGGAAACAACGAAUGACUACAUUAGAGAGUUGCCAAAUGAUAUUCUGAGAAUGAUCCCCGGUAAGCUGGACCUGAAAGAUGCAGUGAAGACGAGUAUUUUAUCGAAAAGAUGGAAAUAUAUUUGGAUUAACCAUCCAGACCUCGUAUUUAAUCAUCUUAAUGUAUUUGGAUUGGACCGUAAAAAGCUUGCGAAAGAUUCAGUAGGUGCAGACAAUAUGUGGAUCAGUUGUGCCCUUCGAAAAGGUGUUGAGACCAUUGAUCUUGAUUUUUUGAAAUUACAUUCCAUUUAUCUUUCUUCAUCCUUCCAGAAGUGCUACAACUUUCCGUGGCUUCUAACCAUCUCCGAAGAUAAAGGGACACUAAAGCAUCAUGUUCCAUGA